UUGUGGGAAUUGGAUUCUUCGUAGAAAUAUAAUUUUUUCGAUGUUUUUAAUUUAAAUUAAAUUAAUUUCCACGACUAUAUGACAAUUUAUUUGAAUUCAGUAAUAAUAUCAAAAUGUUCGCUUGAAUAUUUCUUCUUUUAAAUCUUUCAGAAUGAUUAUGUGACUAAACUUGAUAAUAAGUUAGUUAAUAUAGGUAAUAAAAAUAAUUUGUGCAAAAAUUGUGUAAAAUUAUGGUUUGUCAUCAUAAACCAUAGAUUGUGGUCAAUUCUCUCUCAAGAACAUUUCAUCAAACAGAUUUACUCAAGAAAUAUGUAUUCACUUUAUGUAGACACAGCCAAAAAUAAUGUUUGUCAUGGCUGUUUGUCUGUUGAUCGUAAUGUUACGUUUUUAGAGGCAAAUGUGGGUUUAUUCUAUAGUUUACUAGAACAAAAACAUGUAUUUGACACCAAAAUAAUGUUAUGCUGGGAAUGUAAAGCAUUUCUGAGGAACACAGAGAAGUUUCAAAAGCGGAUCCAAGAGGCGCAGUGUCUUCUACAGGAUGCCGUUACAACUCUGAAUGAAUUAUGUGUAAAUCUAUCAACUCUGUCUUACACAAAGAAAGAUGUCUACGACCACCUUAUACAGUACCAUGAUGAUAAAAUCCUACAAUUUGAAAAUGAACCUGACCAUAAAGAAGAACCUGUAAAUUCAGAGAGUUUCAACGGUGACAAUGAACAAACAAACAUACACAUUAAACAAGAAGUUGAUGAUUUUAACGAUACAACAUAUGAUAAUGAUUAUCAUAGCACAGACGGGGAGGAAAGAAUUGAAGUCAAAGAAUCAAAAAAACAUAUUAAUACAUAUUUGGAUAAGGUCAUAAUAACAAGUACUGAUAUUGAUUCUGAGGAUUUAAAGACAUAUUGCUGUAGAGUUACGUUAAAUGAUAAAGAAAUAGAUGAAAUGCUUGAUAAAAGUUAUAGAGAGACACAGAAGUCAGUUACGCAGCGGAGGCCCUUUAAGUGUAAAGAGUGUAAAAACGAAUACAAGAAAGAGUUGGAUUAUCAGAGGCAUUAUACUUUUAAUCAUAUGAAACGCUCAGGCCGGGUAACGUGCAAACAUUCUCGUGUACCCAAAUGA